AUGGAGCUGGUGGCAGGGGACCAGGGCAGUCCCAGCCCCUGUGCCCUUCUGAACGGCCCAGUGCCUGGCCGCCGCCGCCGCUGCUGCUUGCGGCUGUGUCUGUACGGCUGCUACGUCCACUCCUCCAUCAUCCCCACCUUCCACCGCAGGUGCUACUGGCUCCUCCAGAACCCGGACAUCGUGCUGGUCCACUACUUGAACGUCCCGGCCAUCGAAGACUGUGGGAAGCCAUGUGGUCCCAUCCUGUGCUCCAUCAACACCGACAAGAAGGAGUGGGCCAAGUGGACCAAGGAGGAGCUGAUUGGUCAGCUGAAGCCCAUGUGUGCAGGAAGCAGCGUGCACCACAAGUGCAACAGCGCCAAACAUCGCAUCAUCUCACCCAAGGUGGACCUCCGUUCGGGGGGCUACGGCGGCGGCGGCCACUCGGAGGUCCAGAACAAUGACGUGUCCGAGGGCAAGACGGAGCACAACCACCACGCCGGGGGCAGGAGCUCGGGCGGGGGCGGCGGAGCGCGGGAGAAGCGCAACGGCAAGGUCCACAAGCCCGUCCUCCUGCACCAGAACAGCACCGAGGUGUCCUCCACCAACCAGGUGGAGGUGCCCGACACCACCCAGAACUCCCCCGUCUCCAUCAGCAGCGGCCUCAACAGCGACCCCGACAUGGCCGACAGCCCCGCCGUGCCGGGCAUGGGGGGCCACGUGGCGUCCGUCAUGUCCGGCCUGUCCCAGAGCGUCUUCAUGUCGGAGGUCACAGGCGACCCCGUCUACGGCAUGUCCCCCACCGCCGGCCCCAACACUCACCUGAUGGGGGCGGACGCCACCUCACAGGGAAUGGGUCUCUCCGUGGCCUCCGAUGGCCACAAGUUCGCCUACCCCGCGGGGGGCGUGGGGGACGGCGGGGCGGGCCCGGGGGGGGACGGCCUGUCCAUGCUCUCGGGGGGCGGCCUUUCGGAGGAGCUGGUGCUCUCCAGCAGUCUGGACUCUGGGAGCAUCAAGAUCCCCGAGACCAACAUGAACUUUGACCCCGACUGCUUCCUGAACAACCCCAAGCAGGGCCAGACGUACGGCGGCAGCGCCAUGAAGACGGAGAGCAACAUCUCCCCCAGCCCGUGCUCCGGCGGCGGCGGCGGCGGCGCCAGCACCAACGGCGGCAUGCACCGCGCCUCGCCCUCCAUGGCCGACAACGGCUACAGCUUCAGCGCCGCCCUGGUGAAGAACAUCAAGACGGAGGACACUUCCUUCGAGCAGCAGCUGGCCUCGGAGAGCGGCUACCAGGUGGGGGUGGGCAUGAACUGGGGGCUCAGCCCGAGCACCACCCUGGAGCAGAUGGAUUUCAGCGCCAUCGACGCCAAGCAGGAGUACAACACCGGCAACGGUGCGGUGGGCUACAGCCAGGCCAUGUCCAGCCCUCACAUGGCCCACCAGAACCGCUCCCCAAGCUUCUUCCUUCAGGACGCCUCGCAGGCCAGCCACGGCCAGCAGGGGCACGCGGGCAUGGGCCAGAAGAGCCACAUGAUGGAGCACAACGCGCACGACUCCGGGGGCUACAUGGGCCUGCAGGCGGUGAAGACGGACUCCCCUGGCAGUAAUGGCCUCAUCCACCACCACCAUCUCCAGGCCCAUCAGAACCAUCACAGGGGCAGCUGCAACGGGGGCUCGCCGGCAGAGGGUCCCGGACAGAACGGCUCCCUCCAACUGCUGCAGUACCAGGGGGGCUUCCCCGGGAUGGGGGCUGAGCACGAGGAGGUGGUGGGUCUGGAGCAGCCGGGGGGCGCGAGCACGGGCCAGGCCGGGAGCAACGGCAACGGGGUGGACGGCCUCCUGAAGAACGGAGACCACAUCCAGGCGUGCGGCGUGGGGAACGGAGACGGAGGAGGCGGGACGGAACACUAUCUCCAGCAGCAGCAGUCGUCGGACGGCGGGUCUCUGGCCGGGGGCGGCUCGGGGGAGGGCGUGGCCAUCCGCAGCGGGAACGGAGGCAACGACGGCGGCGGCGGCGGCCUCCGCUCGCAGCAGCUGCAGCCCCUGCUGCAGGGGUCGGGCCUGGUGCAGGGGCUCUACAACAGCGUGGGGGCCCACCAGGGCCUGGGCGGAGGGGCCGCUAACGGGGCCGGGGGCACGGGCAUGGAGAUCAGCCUGGACCACUUUGACAUCUCCUUCGGGAACCAGUUCUCUGACCUCAUCAACGACUUCAUCUCGGUGGACGGCAGCGGCGCCGCCAUGUCGUCGGGGGGGGCCCUGUACGCCCACCAGCUGGUGGCGUCCCACGGCUCGGAGGGCCAGAACCACGCCGGCCCAGCCCAGCAGCAGCAGGGCCAGGAGGACGGAGGGGCCAGGGGCUCCGGAUACAGCCCCUCGGAGCUCUGCCUCCAGUCCUGCUGCAGCCCCACGUCUGGGGGCGGGGGGGCGGGCGGAGAGGGGGGUUCCCUCUCCUACAUGCACGUGGCGGAGGUGGUGUCGGCGGCGGUGGCCCAGGGGGCUCUGGGGAUGCUGCAGGCCACCGGUCGCCUCUUCAUGGUCACCGACUACUCUCCUGAAUGGUCCUACCCAGAGGGAGGGGUGAAGGUGCUGAUUACUGGCCCUUGGCAAGAAGCUAGCUCAAACUACAGCUGCCUGUUUGACCAGAUCUCAGUCCCUGCGUCCCUCAUACAACCUGGGGUACUUCGCUGCUACUGCCCAGCUCACGACACGGGCCUGGUGACGCUGCAGGUGGCACUCACCAACCAGAUCCUGUCCAACUCGGUGGUGUUUGAGUACAAGGCCCGUGCCCUGCCCUCGCUGCCCUCCUCCCAGCACGACUGGCUCUCUCUUGAUGAUCUUCACAGUGACACUAAUCAACAAUAG